AUGUACCUACACACUCCCCCACUACCACAGAAGGAUGUUCCCGACACCAACAGUAUCACAAAACACCGACACACUCGCCCUCUAACACAGAAGGAUGUUUCCGACACCGAAAGGAUCACAACACACCUACACACUCGUCCUCUACCACUGAAGGAUGUUCCUGACACCAACAGUAUCACAACACACCUACACACUCGCCCUCUACCACUGAAGGAUGUUCCUGACACCAACAGCAUCACAACACACCGACACACUCGCCCUCUAACACAGAAGGAUGUUCCCGACACCGAAAGGAUCACAACACACCUACACACUCGUCCUCUACCACAGAAGAAUGUUCCCAACACCAACAGCAUCACAACACACCUACACACUCGCCCUCUACCACAGAAGGAUGUUCCCGACACCAACAGCAUCACAACACACCUACACACUCGCCCUCUACCACUGAAGGAUGUUCCUGACACCAACAGCAUCACAACACACCGACACACUCGCCCUCUAACACAGAAGGAUGUUCCCGACACCGAAAGGAUCACAACACACCUACACACUCGUCCUCUACCACAGAAGGAUGUUCCCGACACCAACAGCAUCAUAACACAUCUACACACUAGUCCUCUACCACAGAAGGAUGUUCCCGACACCAACAGCAUCACAACACACCUACACACUCGUCCUCUACCACAGAAGGAUGUUCCUGACACCAACAGCAUCACAACACACCUACACACUCGCCCUCUAACACAGAAGGAUGUUCCCGACACCGAAAGGAUGACAACACACCUACACACUCGCCCUCUACCACAGAAGGAUGUUCCCGACACCGAAAGGAUAACAACACACCGACACACUCGCCCUCUACCACAGGAGGAUGUUCCCGACACCAACAGCAUAACAACACACCUACACACUCGCCAUCUACCACUGAAGGAUGUUCCUGACACCAACAGCAUCACAACACACCUACACACUCGUCCUCUUCCACAGAAGGAUGUUCCCGACACCAACAGUAUCACAACACACCUACACACUCGUCCUCUUCCACAGAAGGAUGUUCCCGACACCAACAGCAUCACAACACACCGACACACUCGCCCUGUAACACAGAAGGAUGUUCCCGACACCAACAGUAUCACAACACACCUACACACUCGCCCUGUAACACAGAAGGAUGUUCCCGACACCAACAGCAUCACAACACACCUACACACUCGUCCUCUACCACAAAAGGAUGUUUCCGACACCAACAGCAUCACAACACACCUACACACUCGCCCUGUAACACAGAAGGAUGUUCCCGACACCAACAGCAUCACAACACACCUACACACUCGCCCUGUAACACAGAAGGAUCUUCCUGACACCAACAGCAUGACGACACACCUCUUCCACAGUGUUAUAUUCCCGACACUGUGCAGAUCCCGACACCCAUACAUGCUUUCCCUCUACUGUUGA